AUGUGUUCUCUGGAUAAUGGCCAGUCAGUCCACAUGCGUGUACUCCAGACCAUCUACAGGAAAUUGACCUGCACUCGAGCUGACUGCCCUCGCUAUGGACCACACUGGGAGAACGUGGGCUUUCAAGGUGCAGACCCUGCUACAGAUCUGAGGGGAACUGGUUUUCUGGGCCUGAUGCACACGCUCUACUUCGUCAUGGACCCAGAGAUUCUACCACUUGCUAGAGAAAUCUACAAACUCUCUCAGCAUCCAGUCCAGAAUUUUCCCUUCUGUGUGAUGUCAAUCAACAUGACGCGAAUUGCCCUGCAUGCUCUUAGGGAGGAAGUGCUGUCCAAGGAGUGUAACCGAAGGCAACAGGUCGUGGCAGUGCUGAAUGAUUUUUAUGUUGCAAUGUUCCUGCACCUCUAUCAGCUGUGGAAGAGCCAGCAGAAAACCAUCUCUGACUCUGGCUAUGUACUCAAAGAAGUUGAGCUCUUCGCUAAGAAAAACCCCAAGCAGAUUCUCAAACGUCUCGAGGGUUACCUGAAGGAGAGACGUGCUGGGACAGGACACCGAACAUCACCUGACACACUAUCACAUAGCAACCCUUCAACUGGUGACACUGCGUCUCGAGCAGGGAGUCAGGGCGGGAAGGAGGACAAAGAGAUGAACUUCACUGGAGUGUGUGAGCUGCCACCUGAGAUGGAGGGCGAGGCAAGACUCAUCUGAGAGACCGAGAGGGAUUAGAUUUGUACAGUCUCAACUAUCUCUUGUGCUCUAAGUUUGUUGUUUCUUUGUUUCCUUUCUGUCCUUUCAUACUUAAGUACACUCAGAGACAAGUCUAUGUUGUAACUGUAGUUGCUAAAAAUAUAAAACUAUUUGCUGUCUUUUUUUCUGUUAGAAUACCUAUUGGCUGUUCUAUGAAAAAGACUAAAUUUAGUUGCCAAGUUGAAAAGGAGAAUCUCAGAAUUAACUGCCUCAGUGGCAGCAGGUUGUUUCGAAAUUGUCAGGAAGAAAGAGACGCUGUUUACAGGCCUCA